AUGAUUGUCAACAACUCCCUGCAGCAGGUGCGUGAAAUGGCUUCACUCUAUCAAAUGCAUCGUACUGGACCUCAUAUCAAGAAACGUCCACCACGCCAGCCAUUGGAUGGCAAACCCUUUGCCAAGGGUGUUGUACUCAAGACACUUAUCAAAAAGCCGAAAAAACCUAAUUCAGCCAAUCGUAAGUGCGUACUAGUGCGUCUAUCUACGGGUAAAGAAAUGGUCGCUUAUAUACCCGGCAUUGGUCAUAAUUUACAAGAACACAAUAUCGUUUUGUGUCGUGUGGGCCGUGUACAAGAUACACCCGGUGUGAAGCUAAAAUGUGUAAGAGGUGUCUAUGAUUUAAAUCAUGUAAUAAAAAAAUAAAUAAAAUUAAAAAAAUUCUUUGUAAAACAGAAAAUAAA